AUGUUAAGGAUAAAGAGUCAUUAUGGUGAUUUACAUGUACCAUUUUACAUUGAGUUUCCUAAAGCUUUUGAUCAGAAUACUAUUAAGAUACUUGCCUAGGUAUAUUUAAAUAUCAUUUUGAGACCUUGCCAGAACCAUCUUUUACACCAAAAUAACUUAGUAUAAAAUUAUAAGAAUUUUUAUUUGGCGAUUUUUAACAACAUUAAGCAAGAGAAGAAAAUGAUGAUGAUGAAUUUAAUCAAAAUGGAAUUGAAUGUGCUAUGUUUUGA